AUGGUGUCUCAUCCACUCACACCUCAUCUAUUCACAUCACAACACCACAUCACAUGUCAUCCAAUCGUAUCACCUCGCACAGGCGGCGGCACGGCCUCCAGCACCUCCGACGGUGCGGCCCUAAAGAGCGGCGGGGCUAAUGGCAACAACAACAACAACAGCAACGCCUUCGGCAGGCUGGCCCCCGCAGUGUCCGUGGGGGGUAACCCGCUCGACGCCCGCUCUCAGACCGCCGGUGGCGGUGGCGGCGGUUACUCGUACGAUCUGGAGAACGGUCCGGACGGGGGGGAGGACUUGGUAGAACACAAGUACGGAGAGACGGGGCCAGCGGCGGAGGGCUUCGUGGAAGGCGCCUUCAGCGAUUUCGACGGCAACCAGAGCGCUUACAGCGACUCGGUCGUGCCGGGGGGCGACACCAACGACGGCGCUAUGUCGGAGAGAUCUUCUGCCAAGUACUAUGAGGAUGACGGUACGUCUGACUGGGGAGGAACGGACCUUACCGGCGCGGCCAUGGGUGGCAGCAUCUUGGGGCCGGAGUUCCCCCUCCGCAAGGGCAUGGUCGGCGGGGGGGGUCCCUCUUCGCGCUUCUCUGCCGGCCCACGUUCACAGGCGUCUUUCGCAGCAAACUCGGUGGCGGCAUCCGGCCGUUCGGUCCAGAGCUCGGUGACCAUAGGCGGGGCCUCCUCGAGGUCAAACUUCCCGCCUAGGGGGGGCAUCAGCCCGCCCUACAGCCUGGGCGGCGCGGGCGGCGGCGGGGCGUCUCCCCUGAGGGGUUUGGCGAGGGUCGGGGGCGGGGGCGGGGGGGGGUUGUCUGCGGG